UCCUUUAGUAACCCCUUGUAACACUCCAGGCCGUUGAUUGACUUGUCCUCAUCCUAAUUUCGGGUCACGCAUUUCUUCUGUAAACAUCUCACCAUAUCGCAAUUGCCUUCGAUCUGGCAGGCGGAGAGUGUACUGGAAUUGGCGGAGCGUCUAUCAGUAGUUCGUGUGAUGGCGGAGGUGACGACUGAGAAGAGUUUGCUUGCUAAUGCUGUUCCGAAGAACAUUCUAAGAGACAAAGCGGGCACUGCUUCAGAUCCCGAGUUCUUCUGCUGUAUGCUUCAGCCUUCGCCCGUCGAUUCCGAUCCUAUGUAUAUUGGAAUUCGUAGACUUCUUCUCUACCGCAAAGCCGAGUCCGGUAUUCUUCGCCGAAAAGAUUGGAAAAGCAAUGGAAUGGGUUAUGUGUCCUAUCGCAAUUUCAUUAAUCGACCAAGGAAUUGGGAAAGAGUGCAGAUACCGAGCCACUUGAGCACCCCGGGAAACAGGUUGAUUUCCUGAUUGAUGCCUCAGCGGGCGUUGGCAACCAUCUCCUAACCGGCUAUCUCAUUUGUUUGAGGCGGACAGCUGGAGUACUGGCAGGGAUCUACCAAGUAUUGGUCAAAGUCAAUCAUUAAGUCGCACUACGAGUUUUAGCUCAAAUGCAAGUGAUAGUGGCUGCCCACGUAAAAAGUCCGAACCUACAUAUUCCUUUGUUGGGAUGCAUUGCAUCUUUGAUAAAUGCAAGGCCAUGGUUACGGUCAUAAAGUUUGGGCACUUGAGUUCUGACCUGCUAGCGUAUGGGGCAUCAGAUGGGAGCUUGACAUUGUGCACCGUCUUCGCUCCUUCUAUUCUUAAGGAGUUGAUAGGACAUACGAAAGAUGUCACAGAUUUUGACUUCUCGGCAAAUAACCAAUACAUUGCCUCAUCUUCAAUGGAUAAAACUAUACGAGUAUGGGAUGUUUCCAAUGGCAUUUGUGUUAGGGUGAUUUAUGGAAUGUCAUCACAACUAUGUAUACGAUUUCAUCCUGUGAACAAUAACUUUUUUUCUGCUGGGAAUGCAAACAAAGAAAUAAAUGUGUUCAAUUUUAGCACUGGGAGAACAAUUAGCAAAGCUAACCUUGAAGACGAAGUAACUGCUAUGGAUCACGAUCACACGGGUCAUCUUAUUUUCUGCGGUGAUGGACAGGGAUGCAUAUACGCAGUGUGUAUGGAAUCUCGUACAGGUGUGUUAUCUAGAUCUCAUAGACAGCGGUGUAGCAGCAAACAUAGAACAGCUGUUACAAGUGUUCAAUACAGGAUGUUCUCUCUGCUAGCUCGUGGCCCUGUCUUGCUGACUUUUACUCGUGAUGGCAACUUGUCUUUCUUCAGUGUAUCUUUGGAGGUAAAAGGUUAUUUGACCCUUCGUUGUUCGCUAAAAUUGGCCCCGCGGUUGUAUAGUAUCCGUGCUGCUUUGUGUCCUUUAUUGUCCCUUGAAAAGGGAGAAUACAUUGUUGCUGGAAGUGAGGAUGCAAAUGUGUACUUCUACGAUAUAACUCGAUCAAAGGGUACAUGUGUUAACAAGCUGCAGGGUCAUGGAUAUCCAACUAUAGGCAUAGCAUGGAACCACGGGGACAACUUGCUAGCUUCCUCUGAUUUUGGUGGCACUGUGAUUGUAUGGAAGAGAUCAGCAAAGCCUAUUUGACCAGUCAUUCUAGUUAUUAUAUAUAUGUGGGAUAGUUCUAAUGAGAACGAUGUCUCAGUAGAGAAAUAAUAAUAAAUAAGAAUGGAAUCUCACCAUUCUUUCUUUUUGAACUCAAAUUUUGUGGAGAUAAUCUACACUUGAUGAGGAAUAUGCUAAUAAAAUUUCAUGGGAAAGAUCCAAAAUGGCCUUGGUCAGAUAGUGGUUCCCGCGUGUGCCACUUAAGGAGAUCAUAUAAACAUGAUGCCAAUAUAAUUUUUUAUAUGAAGACGGGGAUAAUAUAUUACAUGAGCAAGUGUUCUUAGUCUGAAAACUGC